GGCGAAUCUCAACAAUUGGUUCUUGUUGAAUUGUCCGUUCGCAGCUUUGCUACAAUCAACUUCACCCAAAUAAAUCUAAACGACUGCCAACCACCAUGCUGUCUCGACUCUCCCUCAUCGCCAUCCUCACUACUCUCACCUCGGCUUCUCCGCUCAUCAAGCGAGCUCCCGCUUUCAAACUUCACCCAGCCGGUGAUAAGACUCUCUGCCUGGGAGUUCCUACCGGUACCACUCCUGGAGACGGAACGCCGCUAUACAACAUCCCUUGUGCUUCGGCUGCCACCGGCUUCGAGAUCGCCAAGGGUGACAACCAGGUCGUGAGGUUGACCGGAACUAACUUCUGCUUGGACGCUGGCAGUAACCCGAUGGAUGGAGGACCUGCCAAGCUCUGGACCUGUUACCCCGGACUUGCCAAUCAACGGUGGUACUACACCGAUGACAACCAUAUCGCCAUCACCGGAGGAACGGUCUGCUUGGACGGUGCAGGUGGAGGCUGUGGGCUCGGAGGAUGCGCUCCGGGAACCAAGACCUGCGGUAACGCUCGUGGACAGACUUGGACCGCCGAAGCUGUGGGAUCGACCCCUCCACCCCCUCCAACCACCACUCCGCCUCCGACUACCACCCCUCCUCCUACCACUACUCCUCCGCCUACUACUACUCCUCCUUCCAACCAGCCGGACAUCAAAUUGAUCCACCCUAAUGGAGACAACUCCCAGUGUCUUACGCUGGGUGCCAGAUCGCCUUCCGAUGGGACCUUGGUCCUCUUCGGCGCUUGUGACACUCAGAGCACCAGGUUCAGCGCCAACCAGUUCUGGGACAUCAACAAGGGAGACGGUCAGAUCAAGUUGCGCGGAUCCAACUAUUGCUUGGAUGCGGGGAGCAACCCUGGAAACGGGAUCGAGUUGAAGGUCUGGACUUGUUACCCGGGAGUUCCUCAGCAGCAGUGGUACUACACCGACGACAACCACAUCGCCAUCACAGGAGGCACCCAAUGCAUGGACCUCAAGAGGGAAGACGGACGGACCGCCCAGACUUGGACUUGUUCCGGAGGCAACCCUCAGCAGGUGUUCACCACCGGACCCCCUCUUUUCCUCUAAACUCCGCCGGGACCUCGCUCAAGAGACGGAGGAUUGGCUUGGGUGUUGGGACGGCCGAACAGACUGAGGAUGGAAACGUGAAUGAGAACCAGAUCGGAAUUGGGAUCGGAAUGGACAAUCACACAAAGAGAUCCGAAAGAGAAUAUAUGGACAAUCAGAGAAAACGAUACGCGAGAGAAUAUGGACAACCAGAUAGUCAAACAGAGAAAACGGACAAUUCGUCAUCAUAACAAGUAGUGGUAGUCGCUAUGUCUUCAGUUCCUGUUCCUAGCUGUAGUAUUCAUAAUUUGAUCCAAUAAUCCCUUCGGGCAAGGACUGUUGCGGCGAUGAGAAAUCAAUUCCCUUG